AUUUUCAAAUUAUAACAUAAAGCACACAAAACAACAUGAAAGCGCUUAAUAAAUUUUUAAUAAAAUUAUUAAUAAUUCUUAUAAAUUUAAUGAUAAUAGGCCUUAAACAAGUAAAUACAAAAGAAGUUUCCGAAGGACCCUGUGAAAAUUUUUACGAAUAUAACUGCAGUAAUUAUAGCCAACAGAACCCGAACCCCAACUACAGUGAAAUAACACAACAAUUGAAUUACCAAAUUAACGAAAAGUUGCUGCAACUAUUAGACAAAGAAAUACAAAUACAAGAUUAUGAUUCUAGAAUACAGACCUUUUAUGAUCAAAUGCAAAUGUAUUUGGAAUCGUGUGAAAAAGAGACGCAAAGAAAUUUGAGAAAAUAUCUGAAGGAAAUAACACCAAGCAAACAUUUAAAUUGGCCUUUAUUGGUUCCUAAAGAACAAUGGUUGGAGACAGAUAAGAAGUAUAGUUUCUGGAAUAUUUUUAGAUAUUAUAAAACAUCGCUUAGAAAAUUUGAUUUCUGGUCUCUAUUGGGAGAAAUGCAGUCAUAUGGUUUAAAUAAUGUCUUAGUUAAUCAUCAAAUUAUAAGAAAUGAAGACAAUUCACUUAAUAUAUGGCUGGCACCUACAAUACUAGAAAAUGGUGGCAGUCUGCCUGAUAAUGCUAUUCUUAAGGUAUUGUUAAUGACUUUGGGUAUAAAGGAUACAGAAACAAUUAUACAGCAAUUAAAAGCUACCGAUUUAAAAUGGCAAAAUAUUUUAGAAAGUUAUGCUGGUCACAACACCAAAAGCCAAGUCACAACUUUAACAGAUUUAGCUGAACUUUAUCCCCAACUUAAUCUAAAACUUUAUCUUGAAAAUCUUUUGGGUUCAGAGUUAAAUAAACUGUCAGAUAUCACUAUAGAAAAUCCGGAAUAUUUUGAGUAUCUAAAUCACAAGCAAUGGACUAACCAACAACUGGAACAUUUGUGUAAUUAUUUAAUGAUAAAAUUCCUAUUUUAUUUGGCCGAAGAUAGUACAAAGGACUUUAACUCCCGGGAGUGCAUAAACGAUUUAAGGCAUAAAUUUGAUUUGGCUGUUAACUAUUUUACUUAUCGUCUUUUCUUUAAAAGAGAAGCUGAUCAUUUUAAUGAGGCCCUUAACACCUUAGAGACAGAAAUUAAAGAUAUUAUGGCAAAAUAUUUUACGGAAAAUCAUUUAAAUCUGACCAGGAAACAAAUUAUUUACUUAAAAAGUAAAUUGUAUAAAAUUAAUAUAAAUAAUGGUAAUUUACCCAAAAUAUUUAACAUAAAAUCUAUACAAACUUUCUACCAGGAUCUACCGCAUUUGGAUAGAAGUAAUUACUAUAAAAAUCAUUUGUUGCUAUUGAAACAUCGUUUUCGUAAAUCUUUGUAUUAUGCUCAAAAUCAAACGCAUUACAUAGUAUCAGACAAUAGUAUGGGUGGUGUUUCCUCGCCGUUUUAUGUGCCUCAGCAGAAUAUGGUAGUCGUACCAUUUGGCAGUUUCCAGUUGCCCCUAUUCAACUACAGCCAAACACCUCUACAACAGUUGUCGCUAUUCGGUUUUAUAUUGGCUCAUGAACUAACACAUGCAUUUGAUACUACCGGCCUAAAUUAUGAUAAACAGGGCCUUCCUUUAACCCUUCCCUCCCAUAUAAUGGAUCAUGCUAAUUUCUCCAACUCCUUAGAAUGUAUGCAACAUCAACAGCCUACUGAAGAAAUUGAUGAACGUAUUGCUGAUCUUUUUGCCAUCAGAGUGGUCUAUCGUACUUAUUUGGAAUAUUAUGCUAAAGAUUAUCAAGCAGAUUGGCCGAAAGAAUUCUUUCGGAAUUUGGCACAGUUUUUCUGUGGCAAAGAUAAUCUAAAUUUUAUUGAUCAUGAUACGGAUGCCAUACGUUUGCAGCAAAUUUUAAUGAAUUUUCAACCUUUCUCGGAGGCUUUUGGUUGUGUGGAAGGUAGUCCUAUGAAUCCUAAAACUAAAUGUAGACUUUAUUAGGAAUCUCUAUUCUUAUUGUCCUGUCAAAAAAUUAGUUUAAGUUAAUAAAACAACUUUCUCAUCUCUAGUAGUAAGAUUUAUAGUCCGGUAUGGCCAAGCAUGCCCAAGAUUUGUUUCUUUAUAAUAAACUAUUUUUUUGAAUUUUA